CUUGGUACCAGAAACCCGAAUCCAGAACGCCGGCAAAAGCCAGAACUUUUAUAAACUACUUCUGGAACGUUCUUGAACCUCAUGAAAUCUUGCCUUCCCGAAACACAUCCCAAAGCUAUAUCAAGCCUCUCAGAUAUUUUCUCUGGAACCCCAUCUUGACCCUACCAUUUUACCGACUCCUGAAAUUCAGAUUUAACCCCCAUUUCACGACCUUCUGUACAUGUUGUCAAGUUCUGAGAAGAGUGAAGGCGGAUAUGGUGACUGGUGGGAAGUUUUCACCUUCUUAUUAUACCAUUCUUGGUGUUAGUGAAUGCUCUUCUGAUGAAGAAUUGCGCCGGGCCUACAGAAAGCUCGCUAUGCAAUGGCAUCCUGAUAAGUGGACGAGGAACCCUUCGUUGUUAGGAGAAGCCAAGGUGCGGUUUCAGCAGAUUCAAGAAGCCUAUGCCGUUUUAUCUGACCCGAGUAGAAGAACCUUGUAUGAUGCUGGCUUGUAUGAUCCCCACGAAGAUGAUGAUGAUGAAGUUGAGGGAUUCGCAAAGUUUCUACAAGAAAUGGUUACUCUAAUGGGCGAUGCUCAGAAGGAGGGUAAGAGUUACAGCAUUGAGGAGAUUCAAAGCAUGUUUGGUGAGAUGGCUAAAGGAUAUGAUGUUCCUGAAUGGUCCAAUCCACCUUUGAACCCAGCUAUCUCUUCUGAGUUGUUUUCAGGGACCAUGACUUCAAGCAUGGCUGAACAGAGUAAAACCUUUUCUUGCUGAUGAGCCGCCUUAGGAGUAGAGAAAGUUAAGUGUGUUUUCAUUUUGCUCUCAUGUUCUAUCUGUGAUGUAUAUGCUUUUAGUUUUCUUUCCGCGAGUCCACUGCUCUUGUAUACUCGUGCUUUGUGUGAAAUUCUAAAAGCUGAUAAACAGAGCUAGAAGUUUAGCAGAGCCCAGAUUGUCGUCGAAUUGUUUGUGUUUAAAUUUGCAGAGAGGGAAGCAGGCUGGGCACAUAAGUACAUAACCAUGGCUCGGCAGCUCACCUAUUGAGUUGUUCCAAUCACCAAGCUGAUGAAUUUGUAGUCGCAAAGCGAUGCGUGGUUUAUGAAGAUACUUGUGGCAAUCUUAUAGGAGGGAGGUGUGUGGGUUGUGUGAAGUUCAUCAUAUUGGUACAACCAACCAUCAUCACGUUUUUAUGGUUUCUAAUGUCAGGCAUGGUGUAUUAGUUCUUCUCAUGUAUUAGAGAGUUGGUGCUAAUAAUAGAAAGUGUUGUCACUCGUUGGUUGCUUAUGGACUAGUCCCAAAACAUGGGUUAGGCUUAUCACUAAACCUCAUGUAUAGUUGCCACGACUUAGUUUUAUAGAACAUGUAGCGAUGUUGAUCCUCUUCACUCAACCAUGUGUUUGUAGUGAUUUUCAUUCUUUCCUAAAUAAAAGCUUAUAAAAUCAAAUUAUUGGGAUUA